AUGAGACAGAGCGAUGAAUCUAUUAGAAAUAAUGAAGAAAUUGGGUUCUCUCACUCUAAACGGGGAGGUAGUGAGAGUUGGUUAAAUGAUUAUGCUGAUUUUGAUCAAGACUUCUUGGGUGGUGAUAGCGCUGGUGCUACUAUUGCACAUAGUAUGGCAAUUCGAGCCGGAACUAACCCUGAACAAAUUCAUGGGGUGAAGAUUUUUGGUGCUGCUAUUGUGCAUCCUUACUUCUGUAGUAGUGGGGAACCAAUUUUGGAUGACAAGUUUGACAUCGGUUCAAAGGAAGGACCAGCAAAAUUAUGGUAUUGUGUUUGUCCAUCAACAACUGGGCGUAACGAUCCGCUUAUCAACCCAACAACUGAAACGAAUCUCGCAAGCUUGGGGUGUGACCGAGUUUUGGUGUUUGUAGCAGAUAAAGAUAUUUUGAGAGACAUAGGAUGGGUUUAUUUUGAGACAUUAAAGAAUUGUGGAUGGAGUGGAGUUGUGGAGAUUAUGGAGUCACAAGGAGAAGAUCAUGUGUUCCACUUGGUUAAUCGUAGCUGUGAGAACGCUGUGAAUUUGAUGAAACGACUCGUUUCAUUUCUGAAUAUGAAAAGGGUCCAAUCUAUUCCUUAA